AUGUUGACAUUUCAAAGAUUGUACUCAACUACCUUAAAUGCUCGCUCUAAAUUAUCAGCACUUAGAGCUGCAAUGAGUCAACUUGAUGCAAUUAUUGUACCGAGUGAAGACGCACACCAAAGUGAAUACACAGCCCAGUGCGACAAUCGAAGAGAGUGGCUAAGUGAUUUUACAGGAUCAGCAGGCUGUGCGGUUGUUACUCAAAACGAAGCACUUUUAUUCACAGACGGUCGAUACUUUCUUCAAGCGAACAAUCAGUUGGAUAGCACACAAUGGAAGCUGAUGAAACAAGGAAUGCCAGGUGUGCCCAGCUGGCAAGACUAUGUGACAAAACAUUUGCCUGUUCGUGCAUCUGUCGGUAUUGAUCCUUCUGUGAUCAACGUUGCACAAGCUAAACAACUCGAAGAUGAUCUUGCUGCCAAAGGGUCUCGACUGGUAUAUACAGAGACAAACCUGGUGGAUCAGGUACGAGAACAGGUACCAGAACGGCCUCAUGAGUCAAUCAAGAAGCACCCACUUGAAUAUGCGGGCAAAUCCGCCAGAGACAAGCUACAGGAACUUCGACAGGCGCUCAAGGGUAAAUGUAGUGUUCUAAGCCGGCUAGAUGAGAUCGCCUGGCUAUUCAACCUGAGAGGUUCUGAUAUCCACUGCUGUCCUGUCUUUUUCUCGUACUGUCUAAUCACUCCCGACAGAGCCUUUCUAUAUGUUCAAAAGGAUGUCAUGGAAGACAAGAUAAGAACAGAGCUAGAGCAGCUUGGCAUCGAGAUACGCAAGUAUGAUGACAUUGUGUCGGACCUGUUGACGUUUGACCAUACUAUGUUCUCAGUUGAUCCCGACGGAACCAACAUGUCGAUCCUUCAAGCCCUCAAUAGAAACUCAAACCAAAUAGAUCUGGAGCCUUCACCAGUUCAGUUACUAAAAGCCAUCAAGAACCCUGCCGAACUUAAAGGUUUAAGAGAUUGUCACAAAUGGGAUGGAGCUGCACUUUGUCGACACUUUGCUUGGCUUUCUGAAAAGAUAAGCAAACAGGAACAAGUGUGGGAGAUCGAAGCAGCGGAGCAUUUGGAUGAUAUGCGUCGAUGCCACCCGCUUUAUGUCGGUCCAUCAUUUGAUACUAUUGCUGCGUCUGGACCCAACGGCGCCAUCAUUCAUUACUCACCUACACGCCAAGACUGUAGCAGGAUAGAUCCUUUUGAACUCUACCUGUGUGACUCUGGCGGGCACUACUUGAACGGUACGACUGAUGUCACUCGUACAUAUCUCUUUAGUGGAGAACCUAGCCUGUUUCAGAAGCGAGCAUUCACUCGUAUAUUACAAGCCCAUAUUGCAAUAGAUCAGGCUAUCUUUCCAGAGGGAGUCACAGGCUAUCAGUUAGAUUCAGUUGCUAGACAACCAUUAUGGAAAGAUGGUCUAGACUUUAGACACGGUGUUGGACAUGGCGUUGGCGCCUAUUUAAAUGUUCAUGAAGGGCCUCAUGGGAUAGGAAGUAGAAAGGCAUACGAUCAAGUACCGUUACAAGCUGGGAUGAUUGUCACGAAUGAACCUGGGUAUUACAAGGAUCGUCAAUUUGGAAUACGUAUCGAAAAUGUGCUACAUGUCCAAAAAUCAAGAUUUGAGCAUUUCCUUGGCUUUGAACAUUUGACAUUUUUACCACUUGGAUCCAAAUUGAUAGAUAGCCAAUUACUAAAUUCAGAAGAAAUAGAUUGGAUCAACAGGUAUCACUCCGAUUGCAGAAAUAGCAUAGAACCAUUUUUAGGCGACAGUAAAACAUUAGCUUGGUUGGAAAAACAAACUGAGCCUAUGUGA